AUGACUCCUACAAUCGGCCAACGAUCCUAUCAGGCAUGCUUGACCUGCCGUCGACGUAAAACAAAGUGCUAUCUCGACGGUGUCGGCGAACCUGGCAAACCCCCUUGUGUUUAUUGCCAUGAGACCGGAACUCAGUGUGUUCUUGCCGAGUCUAACCGAGGCCGCGGCGUGCGCUCUCGUCGGCAAACUCGACAGACUGCGAGCUCGUUACGAGGCUCUACGACAUUUCAGCAGGCAGCAUCCGAAAGCCAUUCGACAUCUUAUCCAAGCUACAACGGUGACGAGUCGGCGGUGAUCUCUAACAGCACAGACGAAAAUGAUGAUGCCGAUUACACUCAAGAAAACACUGAGAAUGGCAUGCGUAUGGAGCUGCGAAAUCCAUCCGAUGCUCUUCAAAUUCUUGCUCACUCGAACGAGCUUGAAUCGUCUCCGUCUGGAAGUGUUGUCGCAGAUACAGACACGGUAAACAUCAACUCGCCCACUCAUACCUCGACCCAGCCACCUCCGUUUAAAAAAGGCCCGGGCUCCACCCCCGCACGACGACAGGGUUCACCGUCAGAUAGCCGCAGCAAACCCUCGUUUACUGUUCUGGAUAACUACGAGUUGAUCCAGAGGGGCAUAUUGCAUCCUGCUCUCCUCCCCGAACUGCUUCACAUAUUCUCUCAGAAUUAUCACCAUUACUGUCCCAUUGUCCCUAGCUAUCUGCUUGGGACAUCACUAUGCAUGGAGAGGAUCCAAAAAGCCGAUCAAUUCUUGCUCACAGCCCUCCUCACCAUUGCUUCGAGAGACUCGCCCAAGCAUUACCUCACCCAUCGCUACUGCUGGGAUUAUGCUCAGCAGCUUCUUCUCGAGAUAGCCCUGGCAAAUCCCUGGACUCAUACCCCGCAGACUAUCGCAGGGUUACUGCUCCUGUCUGAAUGGUUGCCGCACAUCCAAUCUCACACAAGACCAAACGGGCCCAAGAACCUCGUUGGCGAAGACCAAACUGCAUGGUCUCUCGUUGGACUGGCAAUUCGACUGGGGUACCUCAUCCGGCUGGAUCAGGCAGCCUUCCGGGGGGGUAACAAUCAUUCCGAAUCGAACGAACGAAAGCGGCUGAUCUGGAUCUUCAUCUAUCUCGCAGAUCGUCAGAUCUCAGUGCGCCUUGGGCAGUCGUUCUGGUCUCGUGGGCCAUCAUUGUCAUCCAGCUUUACAGCCCGGGACUUUCCGAGUCUGAGACAGCUACACGGCAUGGAGGGAGGAGACCUUGCUUCUGUGCUGCACUCUACGCUGGAACUGACCCAGAUUCUGUACAACGCUCAUGGGAUCCUCUACUCGUCCGCGAGCAGGACUCUAUCUCUGAUUCGCGACGGCGACUACGCUCGCUACAUGGACGAUUUCUCAAAGGCUACAACAACUUGGCACACAGCAUGGAGCGAUAUAGAAGCACCCCCUAAGAUCAAAAGCACCCUUGCCUUGAUGUACGAGUACGUUUGUUUGUACGUCAACGCCUUUUCGUUCCAAGCAGUCUUGUCGAGAUUCGAGACUUUGUGCUCCGAGUCCCAAGGUACGACCCAGAAGCGCCAUUGCAACGUGUUCUCGACAGGCAUCAUGGCGUCACCUGAUGGCCCAUACAUUUACGCUGCUAUUGGAGCGGCGAGAAAUCUACUACAACGCAUGAUCUCUCUUGAGCCUCGGCAGAUCUUGUGCCAUCUGCCGUCGCGCUACUACUCGUACGGACUCUAUGCAGCCGUGUUCUUGUACAAAGUACUCAAGGCGGGGGCAGUCCAGUCAGACACGCAAAAGCUCGAGACGAUGCGGCUGGCCCAUCGGUUCAUCUCGGUCAUGGACGAGGCCGCCUCAGUCGACUUGCAUAUAUGCCGUACAUACAGCGGGAUGCUGAGACGACUCUGGAAUGAAUACGAGACAUCGAGUGUCUCGACGCAAGGCAGCCAAACCUCUUCUGCUUCUAGAGUCAAUGUGGCUCAAUCUAGAAGAAUAGCCGAGAUGUCUGGUCCACAAGCUGCAUCGUCGACAAGAGUAAAUACUGCUCAGGUCUCGAGCUCUGAAGAUGACAAUAUGCUCGGGAACUGGGAUGGAAUGGGGGAGGGUGGGAACAUGAUGGGAGGAGUCGACUCGCACUCAAGAGGAUUUGACACCAACUCAACUCAGUUGUCAGUUGAACGCUAUCUCCUGGGGUCCUUCUGGCCCGGUAUUGCAGAGUUUAGUAAGCCGCCACCGAGCACAUUGACGGUGGGGUCACUCAACUGCGACACACCCGAAGAUUGGAUGGAGGGAAUGCAUGACUUUGGCUAUGUGCCAGAGACUGGGUUUGGCCCUCUUUAG